AUGAAUAGUAUUCUAUCAUUAUUCAAAUCUUAUAAUUGUAAUGUCAAUGAAUCUACUGCUACGAUACAAGAAAAACCUGAAGAUGUUAUUGUCAUUAUCCAUGUAGAUGAUACUGAAGAAGAGCAUGAUGCUGGAGAUAUUAAUCCCGAUAUGAGUCUCUCAGAAGUGCGUAAGCUUCUCGAACAUAAAAAUGAUAUUUAUAUGGGAGAAAAUAUGAAAUUCCUUGCAAUUAAAAACAAUAUUCAAGCCCAAAUUGGUUUUGAUAAAGAAGAAAUAUAUAAAGUAUCUAGAAUUCUUGAUAAAGAUAAUUGCAUUCAUAUUCUUAAAGAUGCAACAAAGCCAAGCUUUUUCCAUUUCACCAAUAAACAUCAUCUUAUUCGUGGGCGCUAUUUUACACCUAACAGUAUGGAAGUUAAAAUUGCACAACAGGACGCAUUUAAAUUUAAAACGAAUCGUAAAAUUUCUUCUCGACUAGAACUUUCGAAUAAUGAAUGCUUGACUGCUUAUUCAGAAACAUGUAAAGAGGAAGUUGAACGUAUAUUAGUAAAACAUCUUAUUUCAAAAGCCAAUGCAUCGGUUCCUUUGGCGCCUUAUUCACUUAAAUUUGGUAUUAAUUUUGAAAAGUUUGAUAACAAGAAGCAACAGGCAUCAGAUUCUUAUGAAUUUAAAGUUGCUAAAUGUAUGAAAUGUAGUAUAAUUAUCAUGCGCGAUGAAAUUGAGCUAACUGAAGAAUUUAAGGACGCUAUUAAUAAUGCCUUGGAUCAAGAAGAUGAAGAUUUAAGAUUGAAUGAACUUAAUAAGCUGUCCGAGAAAUUUGGAGAUUUUUUUCCUUUAGAAACUGAAUUUGGAGGUAUUAUUCAAUACCAAGUUGAUUCAAAUAGCAACACCUCUGCUAGCUCUAAGAAAAAUCAAGUUGGAUCGAAUAUCCAAGAUAUCUCUCUGUCUUAUAACUCCGAAAGCAAUUCGUCGGCAUCAAAAUAUCGUACUAAUGAAAAUUAUGUCAUUAUUGGCGGUGAUACACACGAAUGCAAGAACAUAAAUAUUGAAAAUAUUGAAAAUCAAAAAGAUUGGCUACAAUCAUUAAAAGACUGUGACAAAUGGGGACUUAUUAAUUAUUCAAAAAUUAUAUCUAUUUAUGAAUUAUUAGAUGAUGAAUUAAGAUUGAAAUUUCUUAGAGCUUUUGGACAGAAAUUGCUUCAUUACAACACUAUUGAAGUAACUUUCAAUGAGACAAAUAUUACAAAUCGCAAGGAACGUGAAAUCCCCGUUCCCACUGAUAUACUUACAAAUAUGAAAGAAAAUAAAGAUAAUUAUCAAAUAUAUGCAACAGUUUUACAUGCUGAAGAAGAUAUUCGUGAGGUUUUUUCUGUUCAUAUAGAAUACUUUUCUUCAACAAAUCCAUGUUUGGUAAUACAGUGUGUUAAGAAAGGGGAAUCAGUAAAAUUACGAUUCUUAAAAAGCAAGGAAUACAAAGUAAAGGUUGCAUGGAUGAUUAUUGGAUUUUACUCGAAUUUUAAUUUUAAACCUUCUUUACUUAAAUUGAAGAGUUGUACUUUAAUAAAUCCAAGGCAAAAAUUUUAUAACAAUCGUGAUCUAAUGAUACCAAUGAAAAUACUGACAGAAGCAUUUCAGAAAUAUUCAAAUCACAUAAUCAUAGAACUUAUUGUCUUCUUGGAACAUGCGCGUUUCGGCAUCAAGAUGGUGAAAAUAAUGAAAGUGCUCGGAUUGUUACCGGAAUUCACUUUUGCAAAAAUGAUAAUCGAAGUUGGAAGCCAUGAUGAAAAAAAACAAGUUGAUAUUUGUCAAAAGCACUUGGAAAUAUAUUGUUGUAUUAUUACUGAAGAUUCUGAUACAUUGGUAGAGCCUAAGGAAGUAGUAUGGGAAAAGUGGGAGAAUAGAGGCAAAAAUACAAUAUAUAAAGGUAAAGAAUGGGACAAAUUUACAAAAGAUGAUGAACAAAAAUUAAUAUUUGCUAGCCUUUUAUAUGAGAAAAAUAAUCGUGUUAAUCAAUGUUCACCUGUAUUUGUAAAUGUUAAUCCUAAACGUCCUAUAAUACUUUCAUUUAAAGAGGACAAGAAAAAUCAUACUUCUUUUUUAACUUGCUGCAGACUUUGA